AACAAGGGCUUGGCCUAGUGGUAACACCACUAGCCUUGAACCUGGAGGUCCCAGGUUCGAAUCCCUUAAGUAGUACCUUAAUAGCAACAAAAUGAACCUAUAUCACCCUUAUCAAAAAAAAAAAAAAAAAAAAAAAAAAAUUGGUAUUGCAAUGGAAUCAUUGUAUGAAUUUGAAUGCUUAAAAAAUUUGCUACAGAAAAAGUCAACCAUUUGGCGGAGGGUAGUAGUUGGCGUAGUUGCUAAUCGCUUCAUACUUUGUCCAAAAUCCAAAUCACAAUUUUGUCGUUGAGACUUGAGAGAGAAUCACAAGAAGUAAAAUAUUUUAUCGGAUGUCCCCGAAGGGACACAACAAGUAAAAUAUUAGUUUGAGUACUUUGUUUGUCAGUAUAAUAUUUUAACCACAUGGUUUUCCUUUGAUUUUUGCUUUAUUUGUUUUUUUUUUUUUGGCCGUGAAGACGUGAAGUACAGCAAACAGUGAAAGGCUCGGCAGUCAGCAGAGCAGAUGCAGUUAUCCCAAAUCGAAAUUGAGCCACAGGACAGGCCGAGUGACUGAUAGUGAGUCCGAAAGAGAGUGGAGGGAGAGAGAGAGAUCUCCCUUCUUCUUCUUCUUCUUCUUCUUCUUCCUCCUCCUUUCGCUCUCAGAUCUUUUUAUCUGUAAUGGCCGAUGAACCUUCCGUAACUCGCUGGAGCUUUCAGGAUUUCAAAACCAACUAUGAUGCCAAGUUCGGAAGAAAGAAAGCACCAGAUUCUGAAAACGGCACAGCUGAUAGAUCAGUCCCCAACGGGGAUUCUUCUUGCAUUGCUGCUAAUGGUAACGGCCACGUGAAGAACAACUCAUCUGACAUGGCCAUUUAUGAGCAGUUUAGAAACCUGCAGAACGGGAGCUCAGGUCUCCCCAAUGGAACUUUAUCCAAUGGAGUCAGUGAAGUGCCGCAGAAGUCCUUGCUCCCUGCUUUCGAUUCUGCUGAAACACGCUCUUUAGCUGAGGGUUUGUGCAGGGAUAUUAUUCGUGGGAGUCCAGAUGUCAAGUGGGAAAAUAUCAAGGGGUUAGAGAAUGCGAAACGCUUACUGAAAGAAGCAGUGGUCAUGCCGAUAAAGUAUCCCAAGUAUUUUACAGGUCUAUUAUCACCAUGGAAAGGCAUUCUUCUUUUUGGUCCUCCUGGGACGGGGAAGACAAUGCUUGCAAAGGCAGUUGCUACGGAGUGCAAAACCACAUUUUUCAAUAUCUCCGCAUCUUCUGUUGUUAGCAAGUGGCGCGGGGACUCAGAGAAGCUAAUAAAGGUCUUAUUUGAGCUUGCUAGACACCAUGCACCAUCAACUAUAUUCAUUGAUGAGAUUGAUGCCAUUAUUAGCCAACGAGGUGAAGGUCGGAGUGAGCAUGAAGCAAGCAGGCGUUUGAAGACUGAGCUGCUCAUUCAGAUGGAUGGAUUGAUGCGAACAAAUGAGCUCGUAUUUGUUCUGGCAGCAACGAAUCUCCCGUGGGAAUUAGAUGCAGCCAUGUUACGCCGCCUUGAGAAGCGUAUCCUCGUACCUCUUCCCGAGCCAGAAGCAAGAAGAGCCAUGUUUGAAGAACUCCUACCAUCCAGAAGUGACGAGGCAGAGCUUCCCUAUGACGUUUUGGUGGAGAGGACAGAAGGUUAUUCAGGUUCUGAUAUUCGUUUGGUUUGCAAGGAAGCUGCUAUGCAGCCACUAAGGCGUGUCAUGGCUAUCCUUGAAAACAAGGAGGAAAUCGUGCCUGAGGAUGAGCUGCCGCAAGUUGGGCCAAUAUCUGGUCAAGAUGUAGAUACUGCUUUGAAGAACACAAGGCCGUCUGCACAUCUUCACGCCCACCGGUAUGAGAAGUUCAAUGCAGACUACGGGAGUCAAAUUCUCCACUGAGGGCAAGUAUGGUUUUAACCUUACAUAUUUAUCUUGUGAAUUAGUGUGGCUGUGUGUGUGGGUACGUAGGUGUCCAGAUGAUUUGCGCGUUGAUUUGUGUUUCUGAAACUAUGUUCUUAAUCAGCAUUCAAGUCGAGCUCUUCAACUGAUUCUAAUUUCAAAAUAAAGGUUUGGUGCUAUGGUGCAGAUCUCUUCCCUUGUAAGCUGUAAUAUGCUAGUUUAUCAUUUCUCGUCUAUUAGUACUCCAAGCUUGAAAAGUUAGUGAUCUAAAUUUCUCACCUUGUAGUGGGUCGAAGGAUAACAGUUUUACAAGGGAUCUAUUGUUGUUUAACCGAAUUGAAAAUUGGCCAAGCAAGAACAAAACAUACGCCCUUCACAACCUAGUGGCCGGCCUGGAAAUUUCAAUUUGAAACCAACAUUUCGAUCAUAUUUAAGUUCAUCGAACCAAUAUUUAAGAUUUUUUAGAUAAUGGCACUGUUAGCCUCAGUAUUUAAUUCUAGAGUGAUGGAUGGAAGAGUGAUGGAUGGAGGAAAAAAUCCCAAGUUACACAUGUUUUUAAAAAAAAUUCUCAAAAUACACACGUUAUGAAAAUAAUUCCCAAUCUACGCAUGUUUGGGCCAUCAUCGCUGUCGACGAAGACAGUGAUUGCAUCACCGCUUUCGACGAAGACAGUGAUUGCAUCACCGCUGUCGACGAAGACAGUGAUUGCAUCACUGCAGUACACUGCCGCGGUGAAGGCCUGACCUGCGUCGAAACUUUAAACAAACGUAACUUUGUGCUCGGUUAUCCGAUCGUAGUGAAAUUUUUUUUUAUUCCGCAUAAUUUUUCGAGAUCUUGCAAGCUGCAAAUUGCCGUAGGCGGUUUGGUCCCGCCUUCGUCUCGAAAAUAUGUCGUUUGCUACCCCGAACGAGCCUUUUUUCGAUUUCGUCAAACUUUGAACGACCAUAACUUUGUGCUCCACAAUCCGAAAAUCAUGAACUUUUUUUUAUUUCGCAUAAAUUUUUAAGGACUACAAUUUUUAGUAGGACAGAAUUUUCAAAAAAUGAAUUAUUUAUGGAUAUAAGGGGUUUUGGGAAUAACUUUACCUUCCUUUUCAGGAAUCCAAGUACAUUCCGAAAAUAUGUCUAUGAUAAAAAUUGUAGUCCUUAAAAAUUUAUGCGAAAUCAAAAAAAAUUCAUGAUUUUCGGAUUGUGGAGCACAAAGUUAUGGUCGUUCAAAGUUUGACGAAUUCGAAACGAAUUCGAAAAAAGGAUCGUUCGGGGUAGCAAACGACAUAUUUUCGAGACGAAGGCGGGACCAAACCGCCUACGGCAAUUUGCGGCUUGCAAGAUCUCGAAAAAUUAUGCGGAAUCAAAAAAAAUUUUGCUACGAUCUGAUAACCGAGCACAAAGUUACGUUUGUUUAAAGUUUCGACGCAGGUCAGGCCUUCACCACGGCAGUGUACUGCAGUGAUGCAAUCACUGUCUUCGUCGACAGCGGUGAUGCAAUCACUGUUCUCGUCGACAGCGGUGAUGCAAUCACUGUCUUCGUCGACAGCGGUGAUGGCCCAAACAUGCGUAGAUUGGGAAUUAUUUUCAUAACGUGUGUAUUUUGAGAAUUUUUUUUAAAAACAUGUGUAACUUGGGAUUUUUUCCGAUGAAUGGAAUCAAUAUUUGAUUUGAAU